AUGUCGCGACGUGCCGACAAAGUAGCCAUGCAGGCCAUCAAAUGUGUAGUCGUUGGUGAUGGUGCCGUAGGUAAGACGUGCAUGCUCAUGUCCUUCGCCAACAACGUCUUCCCGCAAGAGUACAUUCCCACUGUAUUUGACAAUUACAAUACUGCUAUAAUGGUGGACGACUCUCCAUACAACCUCGGGUCCGUCUUGUUCCUACUCCGCGUCCCCUUGCUCUUCCUCCUCAGCGCUGCUGACUUGUGGCGCUCGUCGCGGCUCUGGGAUACAGCCGGUCAGGAGGAGUACGACAGAUUGCGAGCUCUCUGCUACCCGCAGACCGACGUCUUCCUCAUCUGCUUCUCCCUCGUCACGCCGAGCUCCUUCGAGAACGUCCGACUGCGGUGGCAGCCGGAGCUGGCCACACACUGCCCGACUGUGCCAUUCAUCCUGGUGGGACUGAAGAUCGAUCUCAGGGAGGACCCAACCGCGCUCGAAACGCUCUACAAACAAAAGCUGUCGCCCAUCACCACCGACGAGGGGAGGAGGUUAGCCCAGGAGCUCGGCGCUGCGGCCUAUGCCGAGUGCUCAGCCAUGACACAAAGAGGUUUGAAAACGGUGUUCGAUGAGGCGACGCGAGCAGUGCUCAAGAACAGGGCUGCGGCAGCGGCCGAGGAGCAGACCCGGCGGGACUCGGUGGCGGCAGCGGCCCCGCCGCCCAGCAGACCGCCGCCCAAGCAGAGCGGCUGCUGCCUCCUCAGCUGA